AUGCAGAAUAGUAACAUCGAUGUCGUCAUGGACGAUCUACAGGGUCAUGAAGAUUCUGUUGACGAUGCCGAUGGUCGCUCGGCAUAUAUCCUCAUUCGACCCCAUCCGCACGCAUCCGGCAAAGCAAAUCCCUCACCCGACGACCUCAAGGAUCUCCAACAGAUCAUACCUCUCGACGGACAGCCGGCGACCAACUCGUCUCGCGCCAUUCCGGCCACAUGUUCGGUACUACCUGGCAUGUCCGCUCCCUGGGCACCAUUCCGAUCGCGCGUCGACUUUGAGUGGUUCGAAACUGUCUACGACGAGCUCAAGCCGGAUAAGAUCAAACGGCAACUGAAUGGCUUGCACUCAAGCUGGUCGAAGAAUGGCACUAAUAUCAGCUUUCAAACUUACGACGACGUCCAAUUCCAGAAGGAGAAAGUACGCGAACUCGAGGAACCGUUUCUCUGCGGCAGGGUCGACGACGUAUUCAUGGGUAUCGAGUAUACGGUCGAAUUCGAGUACCGCGAUCUCAUGGCAUGGGUCCGUCGCAUUGCGCAGGAUAGGACACUCUUGCCAUACUUCAGUUGGUAUUCGGUUGAGAAGACCCUCCAUACCCCCGACGGUGUUGUGGAGACCUUGAUUGACGAGCCAGAGACGGGACGCGCAUGGGCGGAAGCUGAUGAUAAACUCCCCGAUCCCGAUCCUUAUCCGCAUGCACUCUUCCCUAUGUUGUUCUGGUUCGACAAAGGACUCGUCACGAAGCACGUCAAGAUGCACCCCAUUGCUGUUUACCCGCUAGGUGUUACAUCGUCCAUUCGUAAUGGGUCGGGUAAUGGGGGUGCCUACCACCUCGGUCUCAUGCAAGAGAUAUCUACGCCUGCUUUUAUCCUCGAAAAGAGAUGUCCUCGCCCACAGAAGAAGGCCUGGGGUCGCUUCAAGCGCGGACUCUAUCAGAAGGUCUUGGCCAAAGUCGUGCGUUCCGGGCGCGACCGUUCGCAUGGUGGUGCAGUCAUUGAGUGUAGUGACGACGUCACGCGUGUCGUGCACCCCAGUGUGCACAUCUUAUCGCUUGAUGCCGAGGAGGCUUCCCACUGUAACUGCACACGCGGGCCGAUGGCCAAUCACCCAUGUCCGAAGUGCAAUGUGCAUAGGAAGCAUCUUGGCGACAUCCUGUCACGCAAUCACGUUCUUCGCACUAAGGACAAGAUGCGGGAGAUCCUCAAGAAAGCGCGCGCGAUGGGCUCCACGAGCGAGGCGGAGAAGUUGCUCAAGAAGCAUGGCCUUCAUGAUGUCGAGCAAUUUCUCGAUGAUUUUGCAUUUUCAGAUGCGUACCGAGCGUACGCGUACGAUAUCUUGCACUCCGAUGACGAGGGAAAAUGGGGGAAACAUCUGUACAAGUUCAUCGUCAAGGUUCUCGAAGAUCGAGGUGGCGUCGGCAAGUUCAGAGACAAUAUGCGUAACAUACCACACUGGUCUGGGCUUCGACACUUCAACGAUAUCACCAAACCCGAGGCCCUCUAUGAUGGCGACCAGUACCUUGACAUACUACGGGUCAUCCUUCCAUGCCUCGCCAAUCUCCGUCCGCGUGAUGAUGCUCUCGUGCAUGACAUACGUGCCUACCAGCGGGUGCGCAUGACUCUGGCGCUUCGUUUGCAGAGCACGCGAAGGCGGGAGGCCCUCACGCGCUUCAUCCGCAAGUACGAGGAGACAUCCAAGGCAUUGUCUGCAGCUUAUGACGACGAUGACUUGCACAAGGAAUUUGACUUCCUGAAGCAACAUCUGACUGCCCAUGCCCCUGGCGAUAUCGCCGACUUCGGGGCGCCUCACAACUAUACUACACGUCCGCGCGAGGGCCUUCACCAGAUCUUCGCUGCUUACUAUGCAAGGACGAACUACCGAGAUGUUGAGUCUCAGAUCAACGAGAUGGACCGUCUCUCUGAUGCCAUGGCUGGCAUUCGUAUCCGCGUUGACAUAGCUGAUGAAGAAGCGGCGCGCAUCGCCAAGGAGCAUCGGGAAUCGGACGACUUGAUUGAUGAGGCUGGGAACUCCGGCCCGAGUAGUGCUGCUAGCUCACCGUCAUUCUCUUCUGGCGGGCAGACUGCAGUGGAAUCGUCUGAGGGCGCACACUGGGUGCUCAGUGCACCGCUUUCGCGCAAGAAGCAGAACUCUGUUCAGUACAGUCGCGACAUUAGUGACGGAUCAUUCCACCCGCAGCUGCACACAUUCCUUCAACAGAAUUUCCCCGAAAUAUUCAUGCGUGAUCCGGGUUCGGCCAUACCGAUCCGUGCAUUCCAACGGCUCGUGCUAGAGUAUCAGUCCAUGGACGACCUUAAACUCGCACGCGACCUGCUCCAUUGCAAGGCCAAGUUCUUUGAUGAACCACGCUAUGAUUGUGCCAUCUUGAACGAGGACUCGCCGAACGUGACUCUGGUUCGCCUACAUGGACUAUACCAGUGCAAGAUCACACACGAUCAUUGGGAGGAUGUCGCACGCGUCUCGUACUUUCGCGAGACAACUUACCAACCUUGGACGGCUUGGGAUGGUUGCACGCUAGCAGUUCUAUCUACUGUAUACGAGUACAGAUGCCUAUCCGACGGCGACUUCCCUCAGUAA